GAAUCGUGCGUGCUGCAUCUUGCGCCACAGUGGGGAUUAGUACCUCUGACCCACGGCUGCCUGUCAACACUAAUCUGCAACACGUCACCAAGAACCUCCAGCACCGACCGGUUUGUCACGUGAUGCACUCGCGCCGCUCCGCGUGGCUUUAUUUCCGUGUUCUCCUUCACCGCCGCUCUCCGUCUCUGCUGUCACCGUACGGGAACAGUUUUUUUUUCAUCUGCGAUACGCGGCGCCGCGGCACCAUGCUGACGCGGGUGAAAUCGGCGGUGGCCAGUUUUAUGGGCGGGAUAAUGGCCGGCGGCUCCAGCGGCGACCAGCCCGGCGGGUCCGAGCUGCCGUUAAAAUUCCCGUACAGCAGACCGGAGUUCCUGGGACUGUCUCCGGACGAGGUGGAAUGUUCGGCGGAUCACAUAUCGAGACCGAUCCUCAUAGUGAAGGAAACCAAACGGCUGCCUUGGAGCACCGGCUACGCAGAGGUCAUCAAUGCAGGAAAGAGCACUUUAAAUGAGGACCAGGCAUGCUGUGAAGUUCUGGUCAUCAAACAGAAACCAGCAGGAAGUUCCACACACAGCCAAACGUCAAUGACACAGAGAAGGUCGUCCCUGCCCAAUGGAGAAGGCCUGGGCCUUCGAGAAAGCCUGGAUACUUCUGAAGAUCUAACCUUGCACUACUGGGCCCUGUUUGAUGGACAUGCUGGUACUGGGGUGGCUGUGGUGGCCUCACACCUUCUCCAUCGUCACAUUGCCUUACACCUUCAGCAAGUGAUGGAGAUCCUCUGCAUGCCCACCUUGGUACCCCCCACAUGUCUGGGGGAGGAACCUAUCAAUCACCACCUCACCCCCACAUCCCAACGUGUCCUGACAAGGGCCGCCUCCCUUCGGGGUGCUGCAGGGGCACCGGUUUGCCCCAGUACCCCGCCCACUCGCUUUUUUAUGGAGAAGAAAGUUUCACAUGACAGUCUGGUUUUCGGAGCCAUCGAGAAUGCUUUCAAAGACAUGGAUCUACAGAUAGAAAAGGACAAAACUGCCUACAACAUUUCCGGAGGCUGCACUGCUCUGGUGGCUGUCUAUUUACUCGGGAAGCUCUACGUUGGGAAUGCUGGAGACAGCAGAGCCAUCAUUAUCCGAGCUGGCGAAGUCAUUCCCAUGUCGGCAGAGUUCACGCCGGAGUCAGAGAGGCAGCGGCUGCAGUUCCUGGCGUACAUGCAGCCUCACUUAUUAGGAAAUGAGUUCACACAUUUGGAAUUCCCAAGAAGAGUGCAAAGGAAGGAGGUGGGGAAGAGGAUGCUGUACCGGGACUACACCAUGUCAGGAUGGGCAUAUAAAACCAUUGAGAAUGAUGACCUCAAGUUCCCCCUGAUCUACGGCGAAGGGAAGAAGGCCCGUGUUCUUGCGACCAUCGGCGUGACUAGAGGUCUCGGGGAUCACAACCUCAAAGUGCACGACUCAAACAUCUACAUCAAGCCCUUCCUCUCCUGCUGCCCAGAGGUCAGAGUUUACCCAUUGUCUGAGUAUGAGCACGGAGCUGACGAUGUGCUGGUGCUGGGAACUGACGGUUUGUGGGACGUCCUCUCCAAUCAGGAGGUGGCGGAGUUGGUCAGCUCUUUCCUGGGGAACUGUGACCCCGACGACCAGCACAGGUACACAAUGGCAGCUCAGGAGCUCGUAAUGAGAGCUCGCGGGGUGCUGAAGGAUCGAGGCUGGAGGAUGUCCGAUGACAGGUUGGGCUCUGGGGACGACAUCUCUGUCUACAUCGUUCCUCUCAUGUAUGGCAACAGAUAGACCUGAACGACAGACAGUCAGAGAGACCGCUCAGCUUCACUCACCACGCUCAGGUGAACGAGAACUUCCUCUUCUGAUGCCAUUCCUGACCCUUCUUAAAAGGUCGUCUGAGGGUGAUCUCCUUUAUUUUGGUUCCUUCCUUUUAUUGUUUUUCCUUGAGGAAGCCACACGCGCUUUGUGAAGAUCCUGGGCAUUCUUUGGUGGGAGGAUUGUUGUACUAAUGUUCCAAGUCAAAAUAUAGAAAUGUGAUAAUGUACGUUCUCACGGGCAUACAUAAGACAUUUGAUAUGCCUGUUUCUGCUGACCACCUGUACAGCAUGUAAGUGCAACCAAAAUGAACAUAAGACAUGAAUCUGAUCUUGUUUGUGCAGCGUUUUAGUUUUUAAGGAUCAGUCUUAGGCAGGUGAUCUUUUACGGAACCCAUCGUUUAGCACCAAAUAAUAAAACAUGAAUAUUAAAAAAAAAAAAGAUGAACAAAGCAGUUAGUUUUCCAUCCACCUGAGCUCACCUUACUGAGCUAAAUAACAGAAACAAAUUAUAGUGACAAGAAUUAUUAUUAUUAUUAUUAUUAUUAUUUAUAUUAAGGGCCCUAUCUUGUACCCAGUCCAAAACAUUGGAAGUGUUCUUGUUAGUCUGCAACCAAUGUCAUUAUGUUGAUUCUGUGCCCACAUUGUUUAUAUAGCAGUCACACUCAUCUGUGCGGCCCCAAGUGUGAUGGUUUUAAAAAGAGGCGUGGUCCGAUGCACUGUUCAUUUUUGGUAUGACACAGCACAGACUGACAAAAACCUGGUGUAAAGUUGAGCACAGGGGUUUUCAUCUAUUUAUUUGGUGUCUUUUUCCACAUGACUUGCAUGUGAGGGCUCGACCACUCUGCUCAUAAACACAGGAAUGUGCAUUCAUUUUCAGAUUCCUCAUCUUCUCUCAUUAAACUGAGAAAGUUUAAUGAAAGACUGUGGGGAAUGAAUGCUGCUCACUCUUGAGUGCUUUGACUCUUAUCUCGCCAGAAAACCUCUCACUUCUGGUUGCAUUCGUUUCUUAAAGCCUAUAACAGAUGACACUCUGAUUGGUUUAUUUGCAGAGGUGGUGGUUAGUGUGCUUGGUUUCAGCGUGGAAGGUUCUCAGCUCAAACUACACCUCUGUCACACUUCUCCAUGAAAUGUAGCGUUGCGUCAGGAAAGGCAUCCGGCAUAAAACUUGUGCCAAAUCAACGUGCAGAUCCACCUUGGAUUUGCUGUGGUGACUCCGAGUGAAAACAAGGGAGCAGCCGAAGGGACUUAUUUUACUCUGAUUGGUUUAUAUCACAUUACACCCAAAAAGAUGCCCAUGACUAAUUACGUGGCUGAAUAAAACCCCUUUGUGCUCAGUAAGUAGUCAGUUGGAGUUGGACGUACCCUGUAUGCAGUUGCACUAUGCGCUUUACACCGUGUGUCAUCAUCAACAGUCAGGUCCUUACUCUACAGUCAGCUCAAACGUCAAGUGAUUUCUGUCCAAAAAAUAUGCAAAUGUCACUGCACACAAAUGACAACUCUGUAAGCUGAGGCCACUAACUUGUUAAACAUGACAACACUAUCCAGGGUUUUUGUUUUUCUUACCCCUGAAGGUUAUUUGAGGGGC